AUGCUCAGUCUCGGACAGCGCAGAAGCAGCGACGGCUACCUAAACGCAAACGACCUAUUGUCGCAGGGAGGUGAAUCGCUACUUGAUUCUGCUGGUUUGGGUACUUCUCAACCAAAUCUGAAGACCCAGAGACGGGGAACGAAUCCGUCGAUUUUCGACGGACACUUUAUGAUGGACGCGUUGAGGAGGAAUUAUGAAAUUGGUUAG